AUGUCUAUUAUUACUCCAACUGCUCCUAUUUGUCCUCCUCUAGAAACCACUGGUAACAGACUAAUUACUUUAGAAUUACAAGAUGGUACUUUAUUACAAGGUUAUUCUUUUGGUGCCGAAAAACCUGCAGCAGGUGAACUGGUUUUCCAAACUGGUAUGGUUGGCUAUCCAGAAUCACUAACUGAUCCUUCCUAUGAAGGCCAAAUUUUAGUCAUCACCUACCCAUUAGUAGGUAACUAUGGUGUUCCAGAUUUCAAAUUAGAAGAUGAAAUUGUUCAAGGGUUACCAAGAUACUUUGAAAGUAAUAGAAUUCAUGUUGCAGGGUUGGUCAUUGCACACUAUACAGAAGAAUAUUCUCAUUAUUUAGCAGAAUCCUCUUUGGGACAAUGGUUGAAAAGAGAGGGUGUUCCUGCUAUGUUCGGUGUUGAUACUAGAAACUUAACAAAACAUUUAAGAACUUCUGGUUCUAUGCUUGGUAGAAUGGCCUUACAAAAGCAGGAUUCUGAUUCAUUCAAUGCUACUACUGCUGAAUGGGCUCACCAUUUCGAUAUUCCUGAAUGGGUUGAUCCAAAUAUUCAAAACUUAGUAGCUAGAGUUUCAACUAAAGAACCCAGAUUGUACUUGCCUCCAACUGAUAAUGACCAAGUUACUUUACAAUGUGGUCCAGAUGGUAAGACUUUAAGAAUAUUGGCUGUUGAUGUUGGUAUGAAAUACAACCAGAUUCGUUGUUUCGUUAAAAGAGGUGUUGAACUUUUAGUUGUCCCAUGGGACUAUGAUUUCACAAAAGAACAAUAUGAUGGUUUAUUCAUCUCUAACGGUCCAGGUGAUCCAUCUAUAUUAUCUAAUUUAGCAGAAAGACUAUCUCAUGCCAUUGAAUCAAAGAAAACUCCAAUUUUUGGUAUUUGUUUAGGUCAUCAAUUAUUAGCUAGAGCCUCUGGUGCAGAAACAUUAAAGUUACAAUUUGGUAAUCGUGGCCAUAAUAUUCCAUGUACCUCCACCAUAAGUGGUCGUUGUUAUAUCACCUCUCAAAACCAUGGUUUUGCCGUUAAUGAAGAAACCUUGUCUGGCAACUGGAAACCACUAUUUUCUAAUGCCAAUGAUUACACUAAUGAAGGUAUUUACAAUACUGAACUACCAUACUUCUCUGUCCAAUUUCAUCCUGAAUCUACUCCAGGUCCAAGAGAUACUGAAUUUUUAUUUGACGUAUUUAUCCAAGCUGUAAAAGAAUUCAAGGAAACAGGUAUCUUGAAAUCAGUUGAAUUCCCAGGUGGUAAAAUUGAGGAUAACUUGAAGGCUAAUCCAAGAGUUGAUGUUAAGAAGGUUCUGGUUCUUGGUUCUGGUGGUCUUUCUAUUGGCCAAGCGGGCGAAUUUGACUAUUCUGGUUCCCAAGCUAUCAAAGCAUUAAAAGAAGAAGGUAUUUACACUAUUUUAAUUAAUCCAAAUAUUGCUACUAUUCAAACCUCUAAAGGUUUGGCUGACAAAGUUUAUUUCUUACCAGUCACUCCGGAAUUCGUUAGAAAAGUUAUCUUGCAUGAACGCCCUGAUGCCAUUUACGUUACUUUUGGUGGUCAAACCGCUUUAUCUGUAGGUAUUGCCUUAAAGGAUGAAUUUGAAGCUUUAGGUGUUAAAGUUCUUGGUACUCCUAUUGACACUAUUAUUACCACUGAGGAUCGUGAAUUAUUUGCUGCUGCCAUCGAUGAAAUCAAUGAAAAAUGUGCCAAAUCUCAAGCCGCUAACUCUGUUGAAGAAGCACUUGCUGCUGUUAAGGAUAUUGGUUUCCCAGUCAUUGUCCGUGCUGCUUAUGCUUUAGGUGGUUUAGGUUCUGGUUUUGCUAAUGACGAAAAAGAGUUGAUUGAUUUAUGUAACGUUGCUUUUGCCUCAUCUCCACAGGUUCUAGUUGAAAGAUCAAUGAAAGGUUGGAAGGAGGUUGAAUAUGAAGUUGUUCGUGAUGCUUUUGACAACUGUGUUACCGUUUGUAACAUGGAAAACUUUGACCCAUUAGGUAUCCACACUGGUGAUUCCAUUGUCGUAGCACCAUCUCAAACCCUAUCUGAUGAAGAUUAUAACAUGCUAAGAACUACUGCAGUUAAUGUUAUCAGACAUUUAGGUGUUGUCGGUGAAUGUAACAUCCAAUAUGCCUUGAAUCCAUUUUCUAAGGAAUAUUGUAUUAUUGAAGUGAAUGCUCGUUUAUCUCGUUCCUCUGCUUUAGCUUCCAAGGCCACUGGUUAUCCAUUGGCUUACACUGCUGCUAAGUUAGGUUUAAACAUUCCUUUAGAUAAGGUUAAGAAUUCCAUUACUAAAUCAACUUGUGCUUGUUUUGAACCAUCUUUAGAUUACUGUGUUGUGAAAAUGCCAAGAUGGGAUUUAAAGAAAUUUAACAGAGUCUCCACAUUGUUAUCCUCCUCUAUGAAGUCUGUUGGUGAAGUUAUGAGUAUUGGUAGAACAUUUGAAGAAGCCAUGCAAAAGGCUAUUAGAUCAACAGAUUAUGUUAACUUGGGUUUUAAUGAAACUGACUUGAACAUUGAUAUUGACCGAGAAUUAAGCAACCCAACUGACUUAAGAAUUUUUGCUAUUGCUAAUGCCUUUGGUAAAUUAGGCUAUUCCGUACACAAGAUCUGGGAAAUGACCAGAAUUGAUAAAUGGUUUUUAAAUAAAUUAUAUUCCCUAAUUCAGUUUGGCAAGAAAAUCUCUGCAAUUGGUUCUAUUGAUGAACUACCAUAUAAUGUUUUAUUGGAAGCUAAGCAACGUGGCUUUGAUGAUAGACAAAUUGCUAAAUUCUUAAAAUCUAAUGAAGUUGCUGUCCGUCGUUUAAGAAAGGAAAUGAACAUUACACCAUUUGUCAAGCAAAUUGAUACUGUUGCUGCUGAAUUUCCUGCUUACACCAACUAUUUAUAUAUGACAUACAAUGCUUCUGCACACGAUUUAACUUUUGACGAUCAUGGUAUUAUGGUUCUGGGUUCUGGUGUUUACCGUAUUGGUUCAUCCGUUGAAUUCGACUGGUGUGCUGUCACCGCUGUUAGAACACUUCGUUCUAAUAAUUACAAAACAAUCAUGGUCAACUACAACCCUGAAACCGUGUCCACUGAUUACGAUGAAGCUGAUAGAUUGUACUUUGAAACUAUCAACAUGGAAAGAAUCUUGGAUAUCUAUGAAGUUGAAAACUCUGAAGGUGUUGUUGUCUCAAUGGGUGGCCAAACUUCAAAUAAUAUUGCUAUGUCGCUACACCGUGAGAAUGUUAAAAUUCUUGGUACUUCUCCAGAUAUGAUCGAUUCUGCCGAAAACCGUUACAAAUUUUCCCGUAUGUUAGACCAAAUUGGCGUUGAUCAACCAGCUUGGAAAGAAUUAACAUCUAUUGAAGAAGCUCAUGUUUUCGCCGAAAAAGUCGGUUAUCCAGUUUUAGUUCGUCCAUCUUACGUUUUAUCAGGUGCUGCUAUGAACACUGUAUAUUCUAAGAACGAUUUGGAAUCCUACUUGAAGCAGGCCGUUGAAGUCUCAAGAGAUUACCCUGUUGUUAUUACUAAAUAUAUCGAGAAUGCAAAGGAAAUCGAAAUGGAUGCUGUUGCUAGGAAUGGUGAAUUAGUCAUGCAUGUUGUUUCUGAACAUGUUGAAAAUGCAGGUGUCCACUCAGGUGAUGCUACAUUAAUUGUUCCUCCACAGGAUUUAGCUGCUGAAACUGUUAACAGAAUUGUUGUUGCAACUGCCAAGAUUGGUAAAGCUUUGAAGAUCACAGGCCCAUACAAUAUUCAAUUUAUCGCAAAAGAUAAUGAAAUUAAGGUCAUUGAAUGUAAUGUUCGUGCUUCUCGUUCUUUCCCAUUUAUUUCUAAAGUUGUUGGUGUUAAUUUAAUUGAACUUGCUACUAAGGCUAUCAUGGGUAUUCCAUUUGAACCAUAUCCAGUGGAAAAAUUACCAGAUGAUUACGUUGCAGUUAAGGUUCCACAGUUCUCAUUCCCACGUUUAGCUGGUGCUGAUCCUGUUCUUGGUGUAGAAAUGGCUUCAACUGGUGAAGUUGCUACUUUUGGCCAUUCUAAAUAUGAGGCUUACUUGAAAUCGUUAAUUGCUACUGGUUUCAAAUUACCAAAGAAAAAUAUUUUGUUAUCUAUUGGUUCUUACAAGGAAAAACAAGAAUUGUUACCAUCUAUUCGAAAAUUACACGACAUGGGUUUCAAAUUAUUUGCUACUGCUGGUACUGCAGACUUUAUAACUGAACAUGGUAUGCCAGUUCAGUACUUAGAGGUUCUGAACAAGGAAGACGACGAAAAGUCAGAAUACUCUUUGACACAACAUUUGGCCAACAACGAUAUUGAUUUAUACAUCAACUUGCCAUCUGCCAAUAGAUUCCGUAGACCAGCUUCCUACGUUUCUAAAGGUUACAAGACACGUCGUAUGGCUGUUGAUUAUUCUAUUCCAUUAGUUACUAAUGUCAAAUGUGCUAAAUUGUUAAUUGAAGCUCUUUCCAGACACUUAACCUUAGAUGUUUCUGAACGUGAUGCUCAAACCUCUCACAGAACUAUUACCAUCCCUGGUUUAAUUGAUAUUGCUACAUAUGUUCCAAACUCUUCUAACGUUACAAAGGGCCCAGCAGAAUUAUUAGAAACUACCCGUUUAUACUUAGAAUCUGGUUUUACCUUCAACCAAAUCCUUCCAAGAUCUAUUGUUGGCCCAACUAUUAGAGAUUUAAUAUCUCUAAAAGCGGCCAAUUCUGUUGCUACAAAUUCCAGUUACAAUAAUUAUUGUUUUACUGUUGCAGGCACUCCUAACAAUGUUGAUUUAGUUAGUCAAACUGCUGACCAAGUUAGUGCAUUGUUCCUUCCAUCCAAGGAAUUAAAGAACAGAAUUACUGAUAUUGCAAAUUUAUUAAAGAGAUGGCCUAAUAAUAAGCAAGUUAUUGCAGAAGCCAAGACUUCUGACUUAGCUUCUGUUCUAUUAUUAGCCUCAUUACAAAAUAGAUCUAUUCAUAUAACUGGUGUUUCUAACAAGGAAGAUCUAUCAUUAAUUAUGACAGUUAAGGAGAAAGAUCCAAGAGUCACCUGUGAUGUUAAUGUUUAUUCUAUGUUUAUUACACAAGAGCAAUAUCCAGAAGGUGUCUUCUUACCAACUGAAAAAGAUCAAGAAUUUUUCUGGCAAAAUCUAGAUUCUAUAGAUGCUUUCUCUGUUGGUAUGUUACCAACUUCUUUGGCUACUAUAACGGGUAACAAGGUUGACAUUGGUCUUGGAAUCAAGGAUGCAUUACCAUUAUUAUUAUCUGCUGUUGAAGCAGGUAAGUUAACCAUUGAAGACAUUGUCCUCCGUUUACACCACAACCCUGCUAGAAUUUUCAAUAUUCCUGAACAAAAUACUGUGAUAGAAGUUGAUUUAGAUUAUACUUUUAACCAUACUAAAAGAUGGACACCACAUGCAAAUAACACUCUAUCUGGUGGUAUUGAACGUGUUAUUAUCAAUAACGAAACUGUAGUUCUAAGUGGUGAAUUAAUAAGCACUUCAGCCAAUGGUAUUUCUGUUAUCAAAGAAAAGAUUGAACCUACACCAGUUGAUGUUACACCAGUUGCAUCUGUUACUAAGAGAUUUUCAGUAACUGGAGAAAGACCAAAGAUCUUUGACAGUGUUGAAAGUGCGGAGGAUGCCAUUAUUGAACCACCAUUAGAACAAAGAUUGAUGUCUUCUAGACCUCCAAGAGAGUUAACAGCUCCUUCUGCUCUACAAAGUUUGAUCCGUGAAAACAACCCAUUUAAAGGUAGACAUAUUUUAUCCAUCAAACAGUUUGGCCGUACUGAAUUACACGCCUUAUUCGCAGUUGCCCAAGAAUUAAAAGCAGCUGUUGCUAGAUAUGGUGUUUUAGAUUUAAUGAAAGGUCAUAUCAUCACCACAAUCUUCUACGAACCAUCUACUCGUACUUGUUCUUCAUUUAUUACAGCUAUGGAACGUUUAGGUGGUAGAGUUAUCAACAUUAAUCCAAAUGUUUCCUCAGUUAAGAAAGGUGAAACAUUACAAGAUACUAUAAGAACAUUAGCAUCCUAUACCGAUGCCAUCGUUAUGCGUCAUCCAGAUGAAAUGUCUGUACACAUCGCUGCUAAAUACUCUCCAAUCCCAAUUAUCAAUGGUGGUAAUGGUUCUCGUGAACACCCAACCCAAGCUUUCUUAGAUUUGUUUACUAUUCGUGAAGAAAUUGGUACCGUUAAUGGGAUUACUGUCACUUUUAUGGGUGAUUUGAAGCAUGGCAGAACUGUCCACUCCUUAUGCCGUUUAUUAAUGCACUACCAAGUUAGGGUUAACUUAGUUUCCCCACCAGAAUUAAGGUUACCAGAAAGUUUAAGAAGUGAACUUGAUGUUAAGGGUAUGUUAGGUGCAGAAAGUGUUGAAUUAACUCCAGAGAUUAUUUCUAAAUCUGAUGUCUUGUACUGUACUAGAGUCCAAGAAGAAAGAUUCACUGAUAGAAAAGAGUAUGAACGUUUAAGAGAUGUAUAUGUUGUUGAUAACAAGAUCAUGGCACAUGCUAAGGAACAUAUGGCUGUUUUACACCCAUUACCACGUGUUAAUGAAAUUAAGGAAGAAGUUGAUUAUGACCACCGUGCUGCUUACUUUAGGCAAAUGAAGUACGGUUUAUAUGUCAGAAUGGCUCUUCUUGCUAUGGUUUUAGGUGUUGAAUAA